GCUCCAGCUCCUUUGAGCAUGAAAUGUCUCAGGAAGGCUUCAGCGCGGCCAUCACCUCUAACGGCCCCUUACUGGGCUCUGUGGGCAGCUUUGACUGGGCCGGGGGAGCCUUUCUGCAUACAUCAAAGGGAAAAGUCACAUUCAUCAACACCACCAGAGUGGAUUCAGACAUGAAUGAUGCUUACCUGGGUUAUGCUGCUGCAGUCAUCUCGAGGAGCAGGGUGCAGAGCCUGGCUCUGGGGGCGCCUCGGUAUCAGCACACUGGCCUGGUGGUGAUGUUCAGACAGAACGCGGGCACCUGGGAGACCAGCGCCAACAUCCAGGGCAGCCAGAUCGGCUCCUACUUUGGAGCCUCCCUCGGCUCCGUGGACGUGAACAAUGACGGCAGCACUGACCUGGUCCUCAUUGGGGCCCCCCAUUACUACGAGUCCACACGAGGGGGCCAGGUGUCUGUGUGUCCCCUGCCCAAAGGGAGGGCUCGGUGGCGAUGUGACGCUCUUCUCCGUGGGGAGCAGGGCCAUCCCUGGGGCCGCUUUGGGGCAGCCCUGACA